AUAAAAGAUUAUUAUUUAUUUUGGUCGAGGUUCACUGUACCUUAGCAUCUUCCCAACGCAACAACGGGGCUUUCAGUUCAGUAGUUGCUUCGAAAUCAACCCUACUUUUUCCGAUUUUGUUGUCAAAUUGCAGCAUCAUCAUCAAAAUCCACGCAGUUUUCGUUUUUGUUUUUCUUCCUUCUCUCUUUCGCAAUCUCUCUCUACCUAUUUUAAUGGCGAUUUCGGAUGAAUCUGCAGCAGAUUUCAAAAUUUCGCCGCCAAAUACAUUCGGAUCCGUCGUAAUCGGAGGCACCUUCGACCGAUUACACGACGGUCACCGCCUUUUCCUCAAAAAAGCAGCGGAAUUGGCUAGGGAUCGCAUUGUGGUUGGAGUUUGUGAUGGACCCAUGUUGACUAAGAAACAGUUCUCUGAUCUAAUCGAGCCCAUUGAAAGAAGAACGUGGAAUGUCGUAGACUACAUUAAGUCAAUCAAGCCAGAACUGGUAGUGCAAGCAGAACCUAUCACAGACCCCUACGGUCCUUCAAUAAUUGAUGAGAAUUUGGAGGCUAUUGUUGUCAGCAAGGAGACACUAUCAGGUGGACUGUCUGUGAAUAAGAAGAGAGCUGAGCGAGGCCUUUCACAACUAAAGGUUGAAGUUGUAGAUCUAGUUCCUGAAGAAUCAUCGGAGAGUAAGCUGAGCUCCACGACCUUGAGGAGGCUUGAGGCUGAGAAGGUCAGGGAACCUCAGCUCGGAUAACAGGUAUACCUAUAUGGAGUCUGUGGGGCCUUGAAGGCGUUGCCUUUGUAUUUAAUUAUUUAUAUGGUUGAUUUUGCCAGGAAGUUAGCAUUUCACAUACUAGAUUAGUCAAGUUUUCUGAUACGAACCGUUGAUGUUAAAGAAAUUAUGCAACCAUUCCAAGAAGAAAAUAAAUGUUGAAUUUUACUUAGUUGUCUUAUGUAGAGAAGAAAUAAAAUGAAGCUACGUUGAGUGCAA